UUGAGCGGCCACAAAUCAAACAAACCCUUUGUUAUCAAGAAAUGUCAUGUUCAGUUAAUAUUUUCCACAAAAUUUUAUUUAUAAGCAAAAUGUGAUUUAUUGUUUACAAAACUAACGAGUAAAAAACUUUGCUGAACAAACUUAACGCGAAUUCAUCAAAAAUCGGUGGAGAGUGCUGUGAGAAUCCCAGAGCACCUUUUACAAGUAAAAUUUAGUGUGAAAAAAGUAUAGUGCAACGAUGGAACAGGUCGAUUCUGCUGAGCUUCAUCUAGGCAGGAUACGUGAUGUAAAAGAUCUGGGUGGUCUCAAUGACGAAGCACGCGACGUUGUUAAGGAAGAGGUGAUUUUGGAGAGUUCUGGUCACCAGCUGGAUACAAAGGUGCGAAUGGUGACCUCUAAUGAGAAUAGUGGCGGUAGUGGGGGUGUGGUCUCAGUACCGGUAUCCCUGCCGAUAGGCUCUAUGAUCACUGGAGCCUCCUUUAAUGUGAUCACACCGGACCAAUUGCCGCAUUUCAAGCAAAUGCUUUGUGUCGAUAACGGCUAUAUAUCGAGCAGCCCAGUUGUUGGCAGCAUGGGGGGAGAUCUGAAGACAAUUGUCAUCCAGCAAACGACCGGAGGAGGUGGUGCCGGUGGUGGUGUUGGAAUCAAUCAUGAUGGUUCUGGCAGUAAUAAUAGUCACGAUAGUACUGGAACCAGUGAACAUCCGACUCAGGGUGCUGGCUCUGGUUGCGGGUCGGGGACUGGAGUCAAUUGGGCCGAAACUACCCAUAUGGAGGUAUUUCCCAUUCGUUGUAAGACAACCAGCGCUGAUUUGUAUCGAAGUAAGUUGGGAUCAGGAGGUCGUGGACGCUGUGUCAAAUACAAGGAUAAAUGGUACACACCCAGCGAGUUUGAAAAUGUAUGUGGACGAGGUUCGAGCAAAGAUUGGAAGCGUUCCAUUAAGUAUGGUGGCAAAUCCUUGCAAUCCUUAAUAGAUGACGGAAUCUUGACUCCACACGCUACAAACUGCAGCUGCACUGUUUGUUGCGAUGAUGAAGCUGCAUCCGGACCGGUUCGCUUGUUUACUCCCUACAAGCGCCGGAAGCGGAACCAGACGGAUCUUGACGUCGAUUCGGUACCGAAGCGAAAGCGUAAUAACAACCCAAACAACAGUAAUAAUAAUGCGGAACCGCCACCGACUGCAACUGUUGUAGAUGAAAACAACAUAUUUUUAACUGAAGAUAAUAUCACAUCAAAGGACGAACCAUGGCCCACAUUGAAUGACAGUCUCGACACAUCAACUGAAUUGGUUGAUCAAUCUCAAAUUAAUCCCUAUGAUCGCGAGACAUACGUAGUCAAUAUAAACGACACUAGUUCAAUUGCUUUGUUGGAUAACAGCCAAGCAAUGAAAAAUCUAGAGAAUGUCUACUGCACAAUGGUGAAGGCCACAAAUGAUUUUAAACGGAUCCUGACCGACUUAAAAAAUUCAUAUGAUCGGAAGAUAGAAAUUUUGCAGAAGGAGCGUGAUGCAGCAGUGGCUGCCAUGCGGAAUCUUGAGGAUCCAAAUAUUUCUGGCUCUUUGCAUGGCAACGAAAUAAUUUCGGCAAAGAAGUGUGCUAACUGCAACAGAGAAGCUUUAGCCGAGUGUUCCCUUUGUCGAAAGACUCCGUAUUGCUCUGAAUUCUGUCAACGAAAAGAUUGGAACGCUCAUCAAGUGGAAUGUACAAGGAAUCCUGCUCAGACAACAACUCAACAGAUCAUGCUCCUGGUGGAUGAGCAGUCCUAAGCGAACUGUACAUAAUAAAGUAUACAUAUUUUAAUUCUUUAUACAUUUGAAAAUGAUAAAAGAAUUUAAUAGCUGACAACCCGAGAAUGCUAAAGAUAAUUAAAAACAAACAACAUAAAUAAAAAAAAUAAAAUUAUUUAAACCGCAACACGAGGUAAAGUGAAAGCCAACAUCCAAAAACGGAAAAAAUACAACAAAAACAAAAAUUAAAAACAAUUGCAUAAUACAUAUUCGUCUAUGUAUACAUUUUCAUUAGUUUCUAAGCACAUAGUUAAACUUUUAACAUUUUAUUAUUUUAUGGAUAAAACUGCCGUUACAACAUCUAAUAAAGAUUUCAAAAUCAAAUUCGUAUACAUUAGUGUAGAGAAAAAACAAAAACAAAAAUAAUAAUGUGUUUUGUUCAUUGCACUUGAAAUCUUUAAAUUUGGGUGUGUAAUG